AUGGGCCCAGAUGACAAGGAACACAAACGCACAACGAAAAGAACAUGCAAUGGCCCUGCUCCAAAUAAACGCAAGCUCCUUGAUGAGAAUUGUGCAUCUUCCACUACUCCGAAGAGAACGAAUAAAACGAAACUCGAUCCCGACGCUCCUCGACAACGACCAAAAAUAAUCAUGGUCGUCACCCCCAAACAUUUUGAUGACCGACAACGAAGCCCAUUGCAUUCCCGUACAUCGAGACCUUGGACCAAGGCCCAACCCCCUUCACCAGCACAAGACAUCGUCGCGGGCCCUCACCAGCCCUACCGAGGGACAUGUUUACACGCUACGGAUCGGUGCAGCCAUUGCUCGCUCACUCCCCUGACUGGCACGGAAUGGAUCAAAGUCGAUGUGAUGUUGCAGAUGGAAGAUUUGAUCCGAGUGGUCGUACUCUAUUACUACGCCAUCUCCCGCCGCGCCAGAGGCAGCAACAUUUUCGACCGCCUGCCUCCUGUCAAGGAGGGUAAAACGCCCAACGCAAUGCUCGACUCCGAUGAAGGUGCUCGACUCCAGCGGGAAGGGACGAGACAGCGGAAGAAAGACAACCCGACCACGCACGCCGAUAUCACUGGCGCGGAUGCUGGUGAUUUGGUUGGGACAAUCCUGGAGCAGCUCUGUUCCGCCAACCCCAACAACACAAUUUCAGACGGCUCACCAACGAGACACCCCGUUAUAUAUACACAACCUCGGUAUGAGAUGACGACAUUGCUACGAGUUUUUAUCUUCGAGUCGGACAUAGACCUUGGACGACGAACCGCAAGUUUCAUGGGCCACAAAGACAACAGUGGGCCACAAAGACAACAGCGUGCCACACUACUCACAGCUGGCACUAGGGAGAUGGAUUGCCUCUAUAUUAUUUGGCCACUUUAUUGA